AGCUGUGUUUUCUAAUAGCAGUAUCCAUGCCAAUAAAUAACAAAGUUCACUGGAGCCCUUCCAGUUCCUCUGAUGCGCGCCUGCUCUGCCAUAUGGCUCCGAGCUGCUUGGGGAAGCAGCACUCCCUGCUCGGGUGGGAAGCACAGCCCAGGCUCCCUGCUGGGGCUGCCUUGGAGCUGGUUUGGAGGCAGAGCAGGGCUCUUUGCACUUUGAUAGGGAAAUAGAAUAAAUAUUAGAGUAGGAGUGUGCUCACCUAGGAUAAAUGCUGGAUCAGGAGCUAGGAAAUGCUUGGAUUCCAGCUCUGGCUGCAGGAAUAACUCACUUUAUAGCUUGGGGCAAGUUACAUUAUCCCACAGCAGGAAUGUUUCUCAUUAAAAUUAUAAUUUGUAUAGAUGAGUGGAUGCAGUGUCAAAGUUAUUCCCGAUGCAAAGUUACAUCCCCACAGGUCUGAGAGGAUCCAGGUUCCAUUGAGUUGGGUUUGUUUCUGUCAAAUUCCCCUGUAAAAUUCAAGCCCCACUGCUUGCCAGCCCAGCAGUGCCUUCCUGCUGCAGACUGGGGUAUUUCACUGGCUCCAGGAUUCCCAGGUAGUGUUUGCAUUAUUGAUAGGCAUGGCUACAAGCAGGCUGCUGCCGCGGGGCAGAGCUUCCAUCCACCUGCUUGCUAUUGCCCCGUUGCCUGGAGAUCACAAACAGCCUGGCCUGGAGAUGUGUGGCUGCAGAACAAGUGUUCCCAGUAUGAAGCAGUACUCAGUCAGUCAGCCUGCUCCUGCUGCCACCAAAAAAGGCCCUCCAGCUGCUGCAGGCAUGCCCAAGGGUGUACCCAUUGCCAAGCAGCUGGCAUCAAUUAAAGCUCUAAGAAAAGGCUCAGACCUUGAAAAGGCCUUUGCCACAGCAGCUUUGGUGUAUAACAACCAUGCUGACCCUGAGAGCAAGCUCAGCAAAUCUGAAACCAAGAGCUUACUGCAAUCCCAGUUCUGGCACUUCAUCCAGGGCCAAGAAAACAAACCAAAAUACCAGGAAAUUAUUUCUUCCUUGGAUGAGGAAUCAGAGAACAAAAUUAAUUUUGAAGACUUCAUGAUCUUGUUAGUCAGUCUCACUCUAAUGUCUGACCUGCUGCAGGAGAUCAGAAAUGUGAAAACCACAAAAUGAUCUGUGAUUUUAAAGAAGAAAUGGCCUGGCAGCAUGUGAGGAAAGCAUGAGUGAGGUACACACAGAGUGCCUGGAUUCCCUGUGCUGGUCCCUUUUAAAUGGAAUAAA